GUCAUUUCAUGUCUGUUUUUUGUUUUACAGGAAAAUGAUAUGGUUUUAAGUGAAAAUUGAAGGAAUUUUUACUUUGUGGUGAUAACCAAAGUUGAGGAUUCGAUGGAGGAAAGACCUUUCCCUGCGUGGUCAUGGUCUGUUGAGCAGUGUUUGAAAGAGUAUAAUGUGAAACUAGACAAGGGUUUGAGUAGUUAUGAGGUAGAAAAGCAGCGUGAGAAGUAUGGCUGGAAUGAGCUUGCCAAAGAGAAAGGGAAGCCCUUAUGGCGACUUGUGUUAGAACAAUUUGAUGACAUGCUUGUAAAGAUACUUCUAGUUGCAGCUGUUAUAUCUUUUAUUCUAGCGUAUAUGCAUGGAGGUGAAUCUGAGGAGUCCGGGUUUGAGGCCUAUGUGGAGCCAUUUGUGAUACUAUUGAUUUUAGGCCUUAAUGCCAUUGUCGGAGUGUGGCAAGAGACCAAUGCUGAGAAGGCACUUGAGGCCCUUAAGGAGAUGCAAUGCGAAUCUGGAAAGGUUUUAAGAGAUGGGUUCCUUGUACCAGACCUUCCAGCCCGGGAGCUUGUCCCUGGGGACAUAGUAGAAUUGCAGGUUGGUGAUAAGGUUCCUGCUGAUAUGAGAAUAGCGGCUCUGAAAACCUCAACUUUGAGAUUAGAGCAAAGUGCACUGACCGGAGAGGCAAUGCCUGUUUUGAAAGGUACAAGUCCUAUAUUCCCGGAGGAAUGUGAGUUGCAGGCAAAAGAAAAUCUGGUUUUCGCAGGCACGACUGUGGUCAAUGGUAGCUGUGUCUGUAUCGUUGUUUGCACUGGAAUGAACACCGAGAUUGGGAGAAUACAGACGCAAAUACAUGAGGCCUCUUUGGAAGAGAGUGACACGCCUUUGAAAAAGAAGUUGGAUGAAUUUGGGAGCAGGCUUACAACUGCAAUCGGGCUUGUUUGUCUCAUUGUGUGGCUUAUCAAUUACAAAAACUUCAUUUCUUGGGAUAUGGUGGAUGGAUGGCCUGCAAAUGUCCGUUUCUCUUUUGAGAAAUGCACCUACUAUUUCAAGAUAGCCGUUGCCCUUGCUGUAGCCGCAAUUCCAGAAGGCCUCCCUGCUGUAAUCACAACAUCUUUAGCUCUUGGUACAAGAAAAAUGGCUCAGAAGAAUGCCAUCGUACGGAAGCUUCCUAGUGUUGAAACAUUAGGAUGCACCACUGUGAUUUGUUCAGAUAAAACUGGGACUUUAACCACGAAUCAAAUGUCUGUUGCUGAAUUCUUUACCCUGGGUGGAAAAACCACUACUACUUGUAUUUUCCAUGUUGAAGGCACAACCUAUGAUCCUAAGGAUGGUGGAAUUGUUGAUUGGACCUGCUACAAUAUGGAUCCUAACUUACAAGUCAUGGCUGAAAUAUGUGCCGUUUGCAAUGAUGCUGGGAUUUUCUGUGAUGGUCGUCUUUUCCGAGCUACAGGUUUGCCCACAGAAGCAGCUUUGAAGGUUUUGGUUGAAAAGAUGGGAGUUCCAGAUGCCAAGAUGAGGAACAAAAUCCGUGACUCACAACUUGUUGCAAACUAUUUGAUUGACCGAAGCACAGUUAAGCUAGAUUGCUGCGAGUGGUGGUCCAAAAGAUCAAAAAGGCUUGCAACAUUGGAAUUUGAUCGGGAACGAAAGUCUAUGAGCAUUAUUGUCAGAGAGCCUACUGGGCUCAAUCGGCUCCUUGUCAAGGGUGCUGUUGAGAGUUUACUGGAAAGUAGUACGCAUGUUCAACUUGCAGAUGGAACUCUUGUUCCAAUGGAUGAACCUUGUAGGCAAUUAUUGCUUUCAAGACAUUCAGAGAUGAGUUCAAAGGGAUUGAGAUGCUUGGGACUGGCAUAUAAGGAUGAACUGGGAGAAUUUUCAGACUACUAUUCUGAGAAACAUUCUGCUCAUAAGAAGUUGCUUGAUCCAACUUGCUAUUCUUCCAUUGAACGUGACUUGGUUUUUGUAGGGGUUGUUGGUAUCAGGGAUCCUCCACGAGAUGAAGUUCACAAAGCAAUUGAAGAUUGUGAAGGAGCGGGGAUUAGAGUUAUGGUGAUAACUGGAGAUAAUAAAUCCACAGCUGAGGCUAUCUGUCGUGAAAUCAAAAUGUUUACUGAUGGAGAGGAUCUUAGAGGAAAAAGUUUUACUGGUAAAGAAUUCAUGGCUCUUUCCCCUUCACAACAAAUUGAAACUUUGACAAAGCCAGGGGGGAAGGUCUUCUCUCGUGCCGAGCCUAGGCAAAAGCAAGAAAUUGUUAGGAUGCUAAAAGAGAUGGGGGAAAUUGUUGCAAUGACUGGAGAUGGUGUGAAUGAUGCACCUGCCCUCAAAUUGGCUGACAUUGGAAUUGCUAUGGGCAUAACUGGAACUGAGGUUGCAAAAGAAGCUUCGGAUAUGAUUUUGGCAGAUGACAACUUUAGCACCAUUGUUUCAGCUGUUGCUGAGGGUCGCUCAAUUUAUAAUAACAUGAAAGCUUUCAUAAGAUACAUGAUAUCAUCCAAUGUUGGAGAAGUAAUAUCCAUAUUCUUGACUGCUGCUCUGGGGUUACCAGAAUGUAUGAUACCUGUGCAACUUUUGUGGGUGAAUUUGGUUACUGAUGGUCCUCCUGCGACAGCUCUUGGGUUUAAUCCUCCAGAUGUUGCCGUAAUGCGGAAGCCACCCGGCAGAAGUGAUGAUGCUCUCAUUAACUCCUGGGUUCUUUUCCGUUACUUGAUAAUAGGUUCUUAUGUGGGGAUAGCAACUGUUGGCAUCUUCAUCUUGUGGUACACUCAGGCUUCUUUUUUGGGUAUCAACCUUGUGAGUGAUGGGCACACACUAGUUGAACCGUCUCAGCUUCGCAACUGGGGAGAGUGCUCUACAUGGUCAAAUUUCUCCGUGGCUCCAUAUAUGGUUGGUGGAGGUCACCUGAUCACUUUCUCAAACCCAUGUGAAUACUUCACCAUUGGUAAAGUGAAAGCAAUGACUCUGUCACUAUCUGUGUUAGUUGCAAUCGAAAUGUUCAAUUCCCUGAACGCGCUUUCUGAAGACAGCAGCCUGCUUACGGUGCCACCUUGGAGGAACCCUUGGCUUUUGGUUGCCAUGUUAGUCUCAUUUGGACUCCAUUGCUUUGUACUCUACAUUCCAUUCCUGGCAAAAAUGUUUGGUGUUGUUCCAUUGAGUCUGAAUGAGUGGUUUUUGGUGAUUUUGCUCUCAAUACCCGUGAUAUUCAUCGAUGAGAUUCUUAAAUUUGUUGGAAGGAGUCAAAGAUAUAGGGUGAAGGAGAAGGCAGCAUAAAACAGCACCAGGUCUAUAUUGACAGAUAGGAAAAUACUGGGACUACGUUAAUUUGUAUUCUUAGCUCAUCUUCAUUUUGGCCGAUAAUACCUUGCUUAAUCAUCUGAAAGAAAUACAU